AUGACAUCUUCCACUACAUCAUACUCCAAGGAGAUCAAGCAUGGUUUUAUGGGGAAGAAACUGAAUUGGAUCCGUGCCAAGAUCGCUUCAUUAGCCCACGGGAACUCUAGUCAGGUGAAGGAGCAGUCGCAACUAUCCGUUAUUUGUGGAUCUGUUGCGGAUUGCGACGUAGCGACAGACGAAGAUAAGAUGGCGGACGAUGGAUCGGCUCAGGAUGAGUCCGUAAGCGGAGGACCAGGACAGGGCUUACCAGCCACCUCACAAUCGCAACCGACUCGUCCGCAUAGUCCUUUACCGUCGCCCUCACAUGGUCAUCCGGACCCUUUGAUGCCUGUGGCGGAAAAUUGGUGUCAUACGCAGGUCAAAGUCGUCAAAUUCAAUUAUAUGUGGACUAUCAACAAUUUCUCAUUCUGCCGAGAGGAAAUGGGAGAGGUUUUAAAAUCGUCGACUUUUUCUGCUGGCGCCAGUGACAAGCUGAAAUGGUGCCUGCGCAUAAAUCCUAAAGGAUUGGACGAAGAGUCACGGGAUUACCUUUCCCUCUAUCUUCUACUCGUACAGUGUGCAAAAAAGACGAAAGCUAUGGAAUCUCAACGUGCGUAUCGAUUCGUGCAAGGCAAAGAUUGGGGAUUCAAAAAAUUCAUACGACGAGAUUUCUUGCUGGAUGAAUCGAACGGGUUACUUCCUGAUGAUCGAUUGAGUAUUUUCUGUGAGUGCGCUCGUUUGGUAAACAUCCAAGGUGGUGUAGUAUUCCCGGCCAGUCCCAGUCCACGAUACCAUCAACAAUGGACUCGAUGUGGUGGUUCGUCGAAUGUGCAAACGUAUCUGCAGUGUGCGAGGAAUUUCGUUUAUACGAAGAAAAAGCGUUAUAGGUGGCCGAUUCCAGUCUCACCAGAGCAGGUUUCGGUUGUUGCGGAAACGGUCAACGUUACCGGACAAACGAGCGCUCAACAGUUCAAGGUGCCUCCGUGCCGACUUUCCGAAGACCUGUCUGCUUUAUUCGAAAGUAAACAGUUUAGCGACUGCACGCUUGUGGCCAAUUGUAAAUCUAAUGGACCGCAAACGUUCCAUGUGCACAAAGCGAUUCUCGCUGCCCGAUCGCGUGUGUUCCAUGCAAUGUUCGAGCACAAUAUGACGGAAUCGGAGCGAAAUGAGGUCGCGAUAGACGAUGUUGAACCAGACGUGUUGCGAGAAAUGCUAUGUUUCAUGUACACGGGGAAUUCACCGUGUGUUGAUCAAAUGGCACAACAUCUUAUUGCUGCAGCUGAUAAAUAUCAUUUGGAUCGUCUAAAGGUGAUGUGCGAACAAGCCCUCUGUGCAGCGUUGACAGCCGAAAAUGCAUGUGUCACGUUGGUUCUGGCUGAUUUAUACUCCGCUGAGCAGCUUCGGACGCAUGCAAUAAAUUAUAUCAAUGUGAAUGCUACGGAGGUAAUGAACUCUGAGGGCUGGAAAGAUCUAGUAAAAGAACACCCUACCCUGCUUGCCGAGGUCUUCAAGGCGCUCGCCACCCAACAAACCCCACCUGUUGUGUUGGCUGCCCCUCCUAAAAAGCGGAUCAAACAUUGCCCGUACUGAAAAACCGACAACAGUUUGUUUGUGUUGAGUAUUCUGCUUACGUCAGUUUCAUUUGAAUUUUGCUUAAUUGUGUAAGAAAUUUGUUCGCUGCGAGUGAUAAAGUGCCUCUAGUGUUAAGUCAUGGAGAAGUUUUCAAUUGCAUGAGAUUAUCGAUCUUUCUCAGCCAGCCUCUCCGUGAUUCUCUUGAUUUUCUCUCCCCCGUAUUCGAGGCUGGCAUCCCCCCAUAUUCUAGCUCAUAGGCUCAUUCAGCGUUAUCAUUUUGUUUUAUGUUCAGGUAUUUAUGUUUUUAUGCUAGUUGUUGGCGAUAUUCGAUUUUGAUGUGUGGUGUUUUGAUGUUCGUUUCGAUCAUAUAUCGACUGCGGGUGCAUUUCAAUUACUUUUUUCUCUCGUGUUCUAUUAUUUAUGACGAUAGGCUUAACCGGUAGAUUCGUGCAAGAUGAGUGUGUUAUUAUGCGCUCUUAUUUGCCAUGUUCUGCGGAUUUGAUGCUUUGCUGUUUCGAAAAAGAACAAAUGAAGCUUUGAUUGAAC